GCAGCUGCAAGAAUGAAAUUCUUCGAGAAUGUCUCUACAUACGACUACUCCUUCCCAGCCGUGUCGCUGGCUUACUUCCUCCGCUAUCCUAACCCGUACUCUCGCCAUGUUCUAACCACUGAUGUCAUUGACCGUUACGUCGACCCGGACACGAAACGCCUCCACACCAUUCGCUUGCACCUCAAGAAGUCUAAGGUUCCGUCGGGGAUUCUGAAGUUGCUGCCAAAGGGAAUGGGCGGCUCGGACAGUUCCGGGCAGAGCUACAUCCUCGAAACGACCGUCGUUGACGCCAAUGAAGGCUGGAUGAGGACUGAGUCGCGCAACAUGGAGUGGACUGGGAUCCUGAGUGUGGUGGAGAAGCAAUUCUACCAACGCCAGCCGCUCGAGGGGGCUCUCGACCGACUUCAAGGGCUUCACCUCGACGGCAAAUUGAGCGAGCAGACAACAGUGAAGACAACGGUCACGUUCCACUCUCGAUUCGGACAAGCAAAGUUACUAGGCCGGAGGAAGGCAGAAGCCGGUGACCAAGUGGUCGAGAUCGAGGAUGAGGCUCCCAAGAGAGGCUUCUUCACGUCACUCUCCACGGCCGGCAUCCAGCGCACGAUUGAGCUGAUCGGUUUGAAUCGUACCCGGGACGCUAUCCUCAAGAGUAAACAGGGCAUGAAUGUCGUCCUAGAACGUUUGCGCAGCGGUGGUAUUGUCGCUGUCCUUGAGGGCAUGCGCCAGGACCGGGAAGCCAUUGUCGGGCCGGAGGGUCCGUGGAAGCGCGUUUGGCUCAGGGGCAACGGGGAAGAUGAUGAACAUUGACGUCGAAGCGUUUGAGUGUUGGGUGAAGACAAUUCGCUUCGAAGAAACAUAUUUUCGACAUUCCAGCGUGGAGCUAUGGCGUUUGGGUUUCUGUUUCUAUUUUCUUACUGAUAUCACCAGGACACUCUCCCACAUGAUUAUUCUUUCCUCACUCUGAUUGACUACUACUGCUGUUGAUCACCAUCUCACAUCUUCACACCAGCAUAUUUGAGCACGUUUUUGGCAGGGAAAAGAACACGGGAGGCACAUGGAAAAAGUGCUGUGUAUACUAGGAAACGAUUACUGUCUGUUACACCCGAGACAUUCUGUACAAUAUUGAUAAACUUGAGUCAUUCUUCACGAUCACC